AUGCUCCUGGCCAGGCGGAAAAUGCCAGGCAUCGUCCUCCUAGGCCUCCCCGUGUCCCUCCUCUUCCUCCUCCUUCUCUGGCAGAACGACAGCGGCCUCCCCACGUUCCCAACAUCCUCAUCCUCAUCAACCCUCCUACCAAAGCCGAUAGAAUGGAUGACGGAACAGGACAAAACGUACUUUUGGAGGACAGUCAAAGUCCACAACCCGGCCCCGGAACCCCUCCGUCAGCUCCCCACCGCCCCCUCGGUCCGCUUCCCCCCGGUCCAGGCCCAUUUCCCGCCCGAAACCAGCACCCAGUGCCGCGUCCGCGAAGAGCGCCGGCAAACCGUCAAAAGGACCUUUCAAAAAGCCUGGUCCUCGUACCGAAAACACGCCUGGCUCGCGGACGAGCUCACCCCCGUAUCCGGCGGCCGGCGCAACACCUUUGGCGGCUGGGCCGCGACCCUCGUCGACUCCCUCGACACCCUCUGGAUCAUGGACAUGCGCGCCGACUUUGCCGAGGCCGUCGCCGCCGCCGUCACAGUCGACUUUUCCCACACCGACCUCGAGGACAUCAACGUCUUUGAGACGACGAUCCGCUACCUCGGCGGCUUCCUCUCGGCCUACGACCUCUCCGGCGACGUCCGCCUCCUCCGGAAAGCAGCCGAGGUCGGCGAGAUGCUCUACAAGGCCUUUGACACGCCCAACCGCAUGCCCAUCACCCGCUGGAAGGUCGGCGACGCGGCCCGCGGCGACGCCCAGGACGUCGGCAACGGCGCGCUGGUGGCCGAGAUUGGCAGCCUGUCCAUGGAAUUCACGCGCCUCUCGGUCCUCACGGGGGAUCCAAAGUGGUGGGACGCCACGCAGCGCAUCAUGGAGAUUUUCGCCCGGCAGCAGAACCGGACAAACAUCCCCGGCCUCUGGCCGCUCGUCGUGAACCCGCGCGACGAGGUCUUUGACCAGGGCGACGAUUUCACCCUCGGCGCCAUGGCGGACUCGCUCUACGAGUACCUCCCCAAAAUGGCCGCCCUCGUAGGCGGGCGCAGCGGCAUGUACAAGACCAUGUACGAGGCCGCCGUCCAGCCGGCCGUGGAGCACAACCUCUUCCGGCCCAUGACGCCGGGCAACGAGGACAUUUUGAUCGCGGGCCAAGCGCACGCCCGCGGAUCCAACGGCGUCCGCACCAUCGAACUCGAGCCGCAGGGCCAGCACCUCGUCUGCUUCAUGGGCGGCCUCCUCGCCCUCGGCGGCAAACUCUUCAACCACCCUCUCGAGGUGUCUCUCGCUCGGAAGCUCGUCGACGGGUGCAUAUAUACCUACCAAUCCUUUCCCCACGGCAUCAUGCCAGAGACGUUCUACAUUGUCCCCUGCUCCUCCAAAGACGAAUGCAAAUGGGACGAAGCCGUCUACAAAAAACACGUCGUCGAGCGCGCAGACAAGAACAACAACGACGACAAAGACCUCUCGGCAGACGAAAUCAUCAAAAAGGACCGCCUUCCGCCGGGCUUCGCCUCCGUCCCGGACCGCCGCUACAUCCUCCGCCCGGAAGCCAUUGAGAGCGUCUUUGUCAUGUACCGCACCACCGCCGACGCGAGCUUGUUGGAGUCUGCGUGGGACAUGUUUACGGCCAUUGACGAGGCGACAAGCACCGAGCUCGCCAACACGGCGGUGUGGGACGUGACGAUAGACAAGGGCCAGCGGCCGCCGCAGUCGGACUCGAUGGAAUCGUUUUGGAUGGGGGAGACGUUGAAGUACUUCUACCUCAUCUUUAGCGAGCCUGGGCUGGUGAGUCUGGAUGAGUUUGUGUUCAAUACCGAGGCGCAUCCUUUCAAGCGGUGGAAGUGA